UCAGCAGCAAUGGAAGCUGGAAAACUGCAGAAAAGGUGCUGAGGGAAAGCUUUUGUCCAAGAACUCUCUAUCCAGCACAACCGAUUCCAACGAGAAUGUGAAAUACAGACAUCUUCACACAUAUGGGACCUAGUGUAUCAAGAAUAACUUUGAAAAGUAACAGAAUACCCAACUAGCAAUGGCUAACCAAUAAGGGCAUUUAAUAACUAAGUAAUAAUAGAGUUGGGGUGGAAGAUUCCAGAAUGGUUAGUUGGUUUGAUAAUGGUUUAGUAUUUGUAUAUUUCUCUUCUGAAGAUGGCUGCCUUAGUUUCACGCAUCAUGCCUUACGUAACAGUAACCAAAGUAGGAAAGGAAAUGGCAGAUAAAAGUGGGCCUUCUUGUGUGUUUCUCUCUCAUCAGGAAAGAAAGCUUCUCUCAGAAUCCCUUCAGCAGAAUUCCCCUCAAAUUUCAUUGGCCAGAUCUGGGUCCUAUGCUUACUAGUAGUUCAGUCACUGGCAGAAGGAAUAGGAAGGCUGACUUCCUGGACCGCCAUGUUUUAUCCCCUAGAACCAACCUUCGCUACCCCAGCGAAUCAGAGGUUUAUCUUCAUAAGGUGGAAGGGGCAGCAGGCAGGCCUUCCACACAUGGCCAGCAAUUGCCUUUCUCCGGGUCCUAUGGCAGUGUGUACAAAGCUAUUCACAAAGAGACCGGUCAGAUUGUUGCGAUUAAGCAAGUUCCUGUGGAAUCCGACCUUCAGGAGAUAAUCAAAGAAAUCUCUAUCAUGCAGCAAUGUGACAGCCCUCAUGUAGUCAAAUAUUAUGGCAGUUAUUUUAAGAACACGGACUUGUGGAUCGUUAUGGAGUACUGUGGGGCUGGUUCUGUGUCUGAUAUCAUCCGAUUACGCAAUAAGACGUUAACAGAAGAUGAGAUAGCUACAAUAUUACAAUCAACGCUUAAGGGACUGGAAUACCUUCAUUUUAUGAGAAAAAUACACCGAGAUAUCAAGGCAGGAAAUAUUUUGCUAAAUACAGAAGGACAUGCAAAACUUGCAGAUUUUGGGGUAGCAGGUCAACUUACAGAUACCAUGGCCAAAAGAAACACAGUGAUAGGAACACCAUUUUGGAUGGCUCCAGAAGUGAUUCAGGAAAUUGGAUACAACUGUGUAGCGGACAUCUGGUCAUUGGGAAUAACUGCCAUAGAAAUGGCUGAGGGAAAGCCGCCAUAUGCCGAUAUCCAUCCAAUGAGGGCGAUCUUCAUGAUUCCCACCAACCCUCCCCCCACGUUUCGAAAGCCAGAACUGUGGUCUGAUAACUUCAUGGAUUUUGUGAAGCAGUGUCUUGUAAAGAGUCCUGAGCAGAGAGCCACGGCCACUCAACUCCUACAGCACCCGUUCGUCAAGAGCGCCAAGGGGGUGUCGAUCCUGCGGGACCUAAUUAACGAGGCCAUGGAUGUGAAGCUGAAACGCCAGGAAGCCCAGCAGCGGGAGGUGGACCAGGAUGACGAUGAGAACUCUGAGGAGGAUGAGAUGGACUCCGGCACGAUGGUUCGAGCAGCAGGUGAUGAGAUGGGUACUGUCCGGGUAGCCAGCACCGCGAGUGACGGAGCCAGCACUAUGAUCGAGCACGGGGACACAUUGCCAUCGCAGCUGGGCACCAUGGUGAUCAACGCAGAGGAUGAGGAAGAGGAAGGGACCAUGAAAAGAAGGGAUGAGACCAUGCAGCCUGCCAGACCAUCUUUCCUUGAAUACUUCGAACAAAAAGAAAAGGAAAAUCAGAUCAACAGCUUCGGCCAGAGUGUACCUGGUCCCCUGAGGAACUCCUCUGACUGGAAAGUGCCACAGGAUGGAGACUAUGAAUUUCUUAAGAGUUGGACAGUGGAGGACCUUCAGAAGAGGCUCCUGGCCCUCGACCCCAUGAUGGAGCAAGAGAUUGAAGAGAUCCGGCAGAAGUACCAGUCCAAGAGGCAGCCCAUCCUGGACGCCAUUGAGGCUAAGAAACGGCGGCAACAAAACUUCUGAGGGAGGGAGGCCCGGCACGCCUGCCCGCGCCCCAGCUUCGGUGACCUCGGGC